CUUUAUAUAGUGAUAAUCUCUCUCUCUCUCUCUCUCUCUCUCUCUCUCUCUCUCGCGGCAGCUGAAUCAGCGACAACACUAAGAUUGCUACUGCUGCUGCUGAAUCAUGGAGAACGGUAAGCAGCCACUCCUCUCGCCAGCCGAGACGGUGGACCAAGCUGAUCAUUAUGUCGGCGGCAGCGGUGGCGGUGGCGGCGGCAACCAUGCCCGUGACCAGCAGGUGAUCAUUGCGCACCAGCCGCCCUCAACCACUGUCAACGACGCCUUCACCUUCACACCACAGGCCGACGACAUUCCCCCGAUCAAGGGGCCCUGCGACUUCCUCCGGGAGUUUGCCAGGGAGUCCAAGAAGCUGUGGUUCCUUGCUGGCCCAGCCAUCUUCACCUCCCUCUGCCGGUACUCCCUUGGUGCCAUCACCCAGGUCUUCGCUGGCCACGUCGGCACCCUCGAGCUCGCCGCCGUCUCUGUCGAGAACUCUGUCAUCGCCGGCUUCUCCAUGGGUAUCAUGCUUGGGAUGGGAAGCGCGCUAGAGACGCUGUGCGGGCAGGCUUACGGGGCGGGGCAGUUGGACAUGAUGGGCAUAUACCUGCAGCGCUCCUGGGUCAUCCUCAACACGACGGCAGUAGCGCUGUGCUUCUUGUACAUCUUUGCGGCGAAGCUCCUGCGGCUUAUAGGGCAGACGGAGGCGAUCUCGGAGGAGGCUGGGAUGUUCGCGAUCUGGAUGAUCCCGCAGCUGUUCAUGUACGCGAUGAACUUUCCAAUCGCCAAGUUCCUGCAGGCGCAGAGCAAGAUCAUGGUGAUGGCGGUCGUCGCCGGGGUGGUGCUGGUGCUCCACACCGUGUUCAGUUGGCUGCUGAUGCUGAAGCUCGGGUGGGGGCUCGUCGGGGCCGCCGUCGUGCUCGACGCCUCGUGGGUGGUCAUCGUGGCAGCCCUGCUCGCCUACAUAUUCAGCGGCACGUGCGGGAGGGCGUGGACGGGGUUCUCCUGGAAGGCAUUCGAGAACCUGUGGGGGUUCGUGAGGCUGUCCCUCGCUUCGGCCGUCAUGCUCUGCUUGGAGGUUUGGUAUUACAUGGCGCUCAUUCUCUUCGCGGGUUACUUGAAGAAUGCGGAGGUUUCGGUGGACGCCUUGUCCAUCUGCAUGAACAUACUGGGAUGGACACUCAUGGCGGCUCUUGGAAUGAAUGCAGCCAUAAGUGUGAGGGUGUCAAAUGAACUCGGAGCAGCUCAUCCAAGAACAGCAAAGUUCUCGCUCAUAGUGGCAGUGAUCUCCUCGUUCAUGGUUGGUCUGGUCUUGUCGGCGAUCUUGCUUGCCACUCAGGACGUAUAUCCAUCCCUAUUCUCCAGCGACUCAUCCGUCCAGGCUCUGGUCAAGGAGCUCACGCCAGUGCUGGCCUUGUGCAUCGUCAUCAAUAACUUCCAACCAGUGCUCUCGGGCGUGGCCGUUGGAGCUGGAUGGCAAGCCGCAGUCGCAUAUGUGAACAUUGCUUGCUAUUAUCUGUUUGGAGUUCCCCUGGGUCUGAUCUUUGGCUUUAAGCUAGACUGGGGUGUCAAGGGGAUCUGGUGCGGAAUGUUGAUGGGUACAGUAGUGCAAACAUGUGUGCUCGUCUUCAUGGUUUAUAGGACGAACUGGAACAAAGAGGCUUCUAUUGCUGAAGAAAGAAUAAAAAGAUGGAGAGGUCCUUCUGAAGACCAGCGACUCGCAGCAGCGAACGACUUAGAGAAAUGAAACGGAGCCCAAUAACUCACCAGGAACGAAAGAAUUUUGGCGGAGAUGACCCUCAUUGUAGCCAGUCGUAAUUUGACCAGGCAACUCAUGAGAUGCGAGUAUCCAUCGCCGGAUUCAUUUGCUGUUCAACAAAUUAUGACGGCUUUUCGAGAUUUGAUUGGCCCCCAAAUUUCAAGAGAAACCUCGGUCGCACGAGUUAUUUAGUCAUUCUGAGUCCAUUGCAAUAUUUAACAAGCCAUUUUAUGUUUUUUUUCA